AUGGCUUCCAAGGAUGACACGCAGGCAAAAGCGCCUCCAGAAACUCGCAACGUCGUCCAAUUCCUUCGCAGCAGUAAAUCUGGCAUGAAAAUACGUGUCGGUGCGCUGAAUGGGAAACGCGUCGAUUACUUCAAAGGCAAAUCCGCAGUGAAAGCCCUCCUCUCGCCUGCUUAUGCAAAAGUCAAAAACGCACCCAAAGUCACCACCGAAGCCGAAGCCGAGGCUCUCCUCCAAUUAUCUAUUCAAUACGCCUUCUACCUCCGUGUAGAUCGCAGUGCGCCCACAGGCUCAUCUACAUCCCCGCGCCACGUCACUAUUGUCCCCCAACAACAAUUCACCCAGGACGCGUACUUUGUGUGGCUCUACGAAGGUUCUCAAUGGACUACUUAUGCGGGCGGGCUGUUGAUGGUCGUACUUAUGCUUGCGGCCGUGAUGUUCCCGUUGUGGCCGCCAGUGAUGCGCUUGGGCGUGUGGUACCUCAGUAUUGCCAUGUUGGGUUUGCUGGGAGCAUUCUUUGGGCUCGCGGUCGUACGGUUGAUAUUCUACAUCAUCACCGUAGUCGUAGCAAGCCCUGGAAUUUGGAUCUUCCCACAAUUAUUCGCAGACGUUGGUGUCAUCGAAUCGUUCAUUCCGUUUUGGGAGUGGGAUGUUCCCAAGAAGAAAUCUGGGAAGAAGAAGAAGGCAAAGGCUCCUGCUGGUGCGAGUCCUGAGGAGCAGCUUGCUAAUAAUGGUGGGGCUUUUAUUGAGGAGGUUAAUGACGAGUCGCCCGAUCAGUCGCGUCCAGGGAGUCGCUCAGCGCGAGUCGAGGAGGUUACGGACGUGGAUUCAUAA